CUGUGGGGCGUCAUAUCGCGACUUAUCGCGACGUAUCGCGCCCUAUCGCGCCGCGUACCCCCUUCCCCGGCCAUGGCCCACUCGGCACCUCUCGGCCUCCUGGAGCAGGGCUGCCCCAUCCAGGUGGAGCACGAUCGGAAGCGGCGGCAGUUCACCGUGCGCCUCAACGGUUGCCACGACAGGGCGGUGCUGCUCUACGAGUACGUGGGGAAGCGGAUCGUGGACUUGCAGCACACGGAGGUGCCGGAUGCCUACCGAGGAAGAGGAAUAGCCAAGCACCUCGCGAAGGCAGCUCUGGACUUUGUGGUGGAGGAGGACCUGAAAGCUCACCUGACGUGCUGGUACAUUCAGAAAUACGUCAAGGAGAACCCGCUGCCGCAGUACCUGGAACACUUGCAGCCUUAAGGCAGGACAGCUCCCGCCACCAGCACGCCUGUCCCUGACUGUUCAACGCGGCCUUCGCUUCUCUGCAGUCUCAGGAAUCCCCCUUCCGCACUCACGAUUCCCUUUUUUUUUCCUUUGAAGCGUGUCCAUGUGGUGCACGAGUGUGGGCACCACCUCCUCCUCCCUGCCCACGGGUGAGCAUGGCUGCGGCCGCUGCGCUCCGGGCACGCGUGCCCCCCGGUGCUUUUCAUCCCAAGCCAGAGGGUGGAAGAGGAAGAUUUUUUCCCCCAAACUCCAUCACAGGAGCAGGGGAUGACUCCGUCUGCACCUCGUCCUCUCUCCUCUGCUUGGCGACAGCUGUGAACUUGCUGGGGGAUGUUGGUUAGGGGGGAUUGUGGGGUCCCAGCCCCCUUUCCUCCUGCUGCUGGUGGAGAUGCUGUGUAUUAAGCCUCGUGGAGCAGAGGGAGGUGCUGGAGGAGCCCCGGCCCCGUGGCAGGGUCGUGUCCUGCAGCAGGAGCAUCUGCUGAGCGCCGAGCCUUGCCCAGAGCCCCGUGGGGCACCGGUGAGACCGCGUGGGUGGUGCCUGGCAGCCCUCGCCACGCCAGCUGCGGAGAUGCUGAGACACUGAGACCUCUGAGCUGGGAGAGAGGAGCUGCGUGGGGAGCAGGCAUCAUCUGCAGAGGCUCCGGCAGUGCACUCAGAGGGAGAAAUGUGGUUGAGUUGUGGGUGCUGCUCCUGGAGGUGCCAGCUCCUGCCCGACCUUCUGGACACAGCCCCACGCGGCAUCCCACAGGGUCCCGGGCUGUCGUUCUGUCUGUGCUGCCUGUUGGUGAGGACACGGCCUGCCCAGAAGUGCACCCCUAGGAUGGUUUCCUGCAGCUGAAGAGGAAGGCUCCCUGCAUCUCCCUCAUCUCCAGAUCUGCACCUGUCUGUGCCCCAGGCCCACAGGUCCGAGCCGACGCCACAUCCUGAGAGCAAGGGGGGUGAGGCAUUUGGGAUCUGGUCCCACCUCCAUGGCUUGAUGCCACUCAGCUCCGUGUGGAUGCAAUUCACUUCUCCUUACGGCCUUUGGAAGGCAGCUCCAGUGCAGGGCAUUGCCCCUCUGCUCACCGGCCUCCUCGCAGCCCCAAGCACGGGGUGCUGGCAGCGUGCUGGGGUGGAAUGCCCUCGCCAUGCACCGUUACCUCCGCGGGCAAUGACCCCGUGCACGGCUCAGCAUUGCCACAGUCGGACGUAGAGGUAACGCCGUGACAGCGGGUCGCUGCUCGGCUCCUGCUUGCCACCUCUCCUGCCUCCUUUGGGCUUCCCUGAGCUAGACCCCAGAGGUUUUCACCCCGAGCUCUCAGGAUUUCAUGAGGCCCCGGGGCUGGGCUGCUCGGCCAGCAGCUGGGGGCUGCAGCCAGGCAGCAGGAGAUAAAGAACCUUUCACCUGGAGGUCAGAUCCAAACCUGGCUUAUCUCUCAGCAGGGACUAAAGUUUACAAUCAGUGCCACGGACUGAAUGAAGCCCAGGCCAAGCAACAGCUCAGCCCUCUCCCAGAGCCAGAGCAGCAUCCGUGGAGGCAAAGGAAAAAGCUCCCGCAGCCUUUGCUCCUGGGUGGGUUGGCUGGAGAUGGAGACCCCGUGCCCGGUGUUAGCCAGGGAGGUCUUGAUCUCCUCAGGCCACCGGCUCGAGGUGAAUCCUGGCUGCCUGCCUGUGCUCGCAGGCUGCCCACUGCCCACGUAACGCAGCUCUCUGCACGCAGGCUUGAGUCAAACCUCCCGAGCUCUGUCCCUGCCGCAGCGCUGAGACCCCUGCCCGUUUUUACCACCCACCUCGGCAGGGAGCUGUGCCGAAAGGCACCAGGCACAGCGCUGCCUCUGCCCUGUGUUUCUGCCCCUUUGCUGCCUAUUUCAGCCCAGCUGCAGCCUUCAGGAUGGCUUAGAGGGACUGGGAAAGGGUCAUGGGUAAAGAACGAAAGAAAAAGGGCCCAAGAAGAUAUCUGGGCUGCUAAACGUUUGCUUUUUGACAUGAAAAACACGCUUUGACAUCUAGCUCCAGGAGCAAGGCUGGCUCUGUUUCAGCCAAGCAAUGACAGAACCAUCCCUGCUCUGGGUCCCAAAGCAGAGCUGAGCCGUCUCCUGCAAGCCAAGCCAAGUCACCGUUGCAUCUGCGUUGCAGCAGGGCUGGGUGCUCAAAGAGAUCUGUGCCUGGGUGUCUCCUAGGAGCAAUAGCACGAGCCUUGGCCUCGGGUUUGUGCUGGUUCCCACUGUGUGGCAGUUCCCAGAAGUUCCCCGUCGCUGGAGGAUGCACGGACAGGGCCCAGUGUCUCUGGAGCCCUUCGUGCUGUUCCGGCAGGACCCUCGUGCUUCCUGGUGCUGGAUCACAAGUGGCAAUCGCUGCCUUAAAUCAGGCACAGGACGUGGAUUUGCUGCUGCGUCCCUUCGAGGUGCUACAAUCUCUCCGGUGUCCGACCCGACGGAGAUGUGCCGGUUUCCGUGCCAACUGUUUCACUGCUGUACCCAUCCUCCUGCCCCAGCCCCGUGGCGUUUGGGGUCGGCGAAUAGCAAUACCCACCGGUCACCAGCGACGCCGCCGUCCCCUGCGCUCCCGUGAGGCUCAUCCCUAUGGGAGGGAGCUCCCUGCGCUGCCCCUUGGUGCUGACCGAGCCUGGAGGAGCUGGGAUCCUGGACUCUCUCCGGCGACAGGAGCGUGGAAGUGGUUUGGUUGAACAGUGAGGUCCCCGAGCCCGUUUGAACUAUAGACUUUCAUGGGUGGGGAAACACAAAUCGCUGUCAAACCCGCUUCCACCUCGCCCAACUUGAAACACCCCCUCCCUCAUCCCCUUCCCAGCGUUGUCUUCCUCUGUCCGAGGUUUCUGUUCUGUUGAAUUGGGUGGUUACGAUGUGCCUUUCCUUCUCAGGACCUGUUACAAACGACCUUUCUGCUUUUGUUUGUCUAACAUUUAUCUUUAUCCCUCCUCUCUCAUACUAUAAAACGUGAACAUAUUGCAUGGAAUACAGUACAAUAAAAAGUGUGGCUUAACUGAG